AUGAAACAUGUAAGGAGAUCGUGGACUGUUGUGAUGAGCGUCAAAAUGCCUUACAUUGUCGAAAGGGAAAGACUUGUCCCAAAUAAUCUCAGGAAGAACUUGAAAGAAUAUCUAGACAGUACGGUCCAUAACUUCGUUCGUGAAUUUACUUUGACGCUAAAGAGGCUGACACCCCACGAGGUUCCGUCAUCCUUGGACGGUGUUGAUUAUUUGAAAUUUUUCAUCAUUCCAUCAUUGCCGGACAAACAAUCGCCUAUGUGCCUUUUAUGCAACAAAGUUUUGGGCAAUGACGCUAUGAAACCAUCUAAACUGCAAGAUCAUCUGAGAAGAUGCCACCCUGAUAAAACAGAGAAAGAUUUGAAAUACUUUCAAACACUCAAAGACAAAUUUCAGAAUAGACUUACACUGGACAGAAUGUUCGCUUCGACGUCACAAAGAAAUGAUGAUGGUUUGCGGGCGACUUACAAUAUCUCGUUACUUAUAGCAAAAUCCGGAAAACCGCAUACUAUCGGAGAGAAGUUAAUUUUGCCAGCCGUUGAAGAGGUUUUAAAAACUGUUUUACACAAACCUGCAUCUGAUAUCAUUAAAAGAAUUCCCUUAAGCAACAAUACUGUUGAAAGACGUAUUGAUGAAAUGAGUUCUGAUAUUGAAAGCUUCUUAUAUAAUUAUUUGCAAACGACCCAUUUCUCUAAACAACUGGACGAGUCAACUUUACCUGAUAUUGCAGCAUUAUUAUUGGCAUAUGAUUAUUACUUCAUUGAAAAAGCAAUUCCUUUAUCAAAUAUGAUAUCAGUAGCUACAGAUGGAGCACCUGCCAUGGUUGGACGUUAUCGUGGAUUUAUAAGCUAUUUAAAACAAAAUGUGUCAGGGGUGUUAGCAAUACAUUGCGUCAUCCAUCGACAACAUUUAGUUGCUAAAAAUUUGAGUGUUAGAUUGCAUGAAUCACUUCAUUUAGUCAUUGAUGCAGUAAACCGAAUCCGAAAGGCUUAUAUUUGA